UGACGCGCGGAGGGGCAGAGACACAACGUCUCAUCCCACAACGAGCUAGUCCAACUUUCACCAGCGCGCCUGCAGAGCAGAACCUCCUUUUGUAAAUGGGACUCGUUUGACUAAAACACCGGCCGAUCUGGAUUACGAAGAGACAAGUGGACUCGAACGAGUUGAAGAAAUGAGUUUGGUUUUGUCAGUUUGAUUUUAUAUUCAUUGCUUUUGGUUUUGGUUUGGUUUUCAAACCAAGCAUCCCCUUGCUCCAGUCUCGGUCCGACGCUGGGGAUGGAUCACGCAGCGAGCUCACCGAGUCCUCCCGCUAAGCAGGUCCACCACGAACCAAUCAGUUUUGGGAUAGACCAGAUCCUCGGAGCCGGUACAGACUCGGAAAGCGGGCGGACCUCAGGAGGAAGACAGAAUCCCUCCGAUCUAAACAGCGGAGAAGGCUACUACAGUUUAGGAAGUCCUACCGGUUCCAGCGCGCCCUCUUACGCGGCGUUGUCGAUCUCCCUGUCCGGCAUCAUGCCUCCGGGAGAGUCGGGGGGGCCGUACGGGGAGACCAGGAACCUGGGCACCCGGGGAGUGAUCCGGGUCCCGGCCCACAGACCCAUGCCACCCACGGGUCCGCCAGCCCCGGUGCAGAGCGUUGUUUCGGGCUUCGGAGGGCUGUGCUUCCCCUGGAUAGGGAACAGGUUCUCCAAGGAUAGAUUAUCAGCAGCCCUGGUGCCUUUCGCCGUCACGCGGAGGAUAGGACACCCGUACCAGAACCGAACCCCCCCCAAACGGAAGAAGCCACGCACGUCCUUCUCCCGGGUGCAGAUCUGCGAGCUGGAGAAGCGCUUCCACCGGCAGAAGUAUCUGGCUAGCGCAGAGAGGGCAGCGCUGGCCAAGAGCCUGAAGAUGACGGACGCACAGGUCAAGACGUGGUUCCAGAACCGCAGGACCAAAUGGAGGAGGCAGACGGCAGAGGAGCGGGAGGCUGAGCGGCAGCAGGCCAAUCGGCUGAUCCUCCAGCUGCAGCACUCCGCCCUGCAGAAGUCCCUGGGCGAAUCAGGCUCCUCGGACCCGCUGUGCGCGCACAACUCCUCCCUAUACGCCCUGCAGAACCUGCAGCCGUGGGCCGAGGAGAGGGAGUAGACUACAAGAAGCUGGGUGACAUUGACAGAUCGUGCAAAAAAAAAAAAGAACGAACAAAACUAAACCCCACUAUAUGCAGCUUUAUGUCUUUUUGGAGAAAAACUAUUUAAAAAAAAAAACAUAAGUCCGUUAAUACGGGCAGAACGAACAGAAUCCACGGGACGUCAUGGAUGAAGAAAUUGUGUCUCGGAAAAACAGAAAUUGUGUCUCGGUUUGUUAAUCGAGACACCUGGAGGGAAUGGGCCUUUAUGCAGGCCUCCACAAGCGACACCUUCAGACUUUUCAAAUCCUGGUGGAACUUUAAAUGACUGGACUCUACCGGUUUCUAUUCCUGCAUCCAUUUAAGGCUUUUACAUUUGUUGUUUAGAGUAGAACAGAGAUAGGAACAUAUAUCCAGACCUGUGAAGGACGUAAGCGGCUGUUGUGUUUAAUGGUCCUUAUGCCAGAACGCGUUUCAACCAGGACCUAUAAAGUGGUUUAGGGACAACAGCCCAGCCGAACGGAUAGCGAUGUAAUAAACCCUUCUUCAUAAAUAGUCACCGAGGUCUACUUGAAUAAAGCACGCCACGUCGUAUGAAUCAAGAGAUUUUUAAAAAUCAAUAAAAAGUAAUAAAGUUCUGGAGGGCCUGCUCAACAUUUACAACGCAUUAUAUCUACAUGCAGGCUGUGAGUGCCCGGGCGUGUUGGUUUUUUAUGGAAGCGACUGUUUACAGUGAUAUAGAUUCAGAAGGACACGGAAGAGGGUCAGAAGAAGAAGGAUGCAUGUUGCAUUACUGGCGGUUUCCACUUCGUUUCACGCACAUAUCGAUUCCCUUGUUGUUCUGUGACUUUUCAGAUCGAUAAGAAGAUGUGCAACUCUUUUGUACAGUUGUAUAGUUGUUGUAAAUGUCGUGUCUAUAUGAUGCAUAAACCAUCACAAUGUUUAUAAUGCCUAA